UCAUCCUCACAGCUUGAGUUUUCACUCGUCCUGAGGAUGCUGUGCGGAAUCAAACACUCAUUCGUCUCCUGCAUCGGUCGUGCAGCGUUUCCUCGCGGAUGCUGAAGAUCAGGUUUUAUGUCAAGACAUUUCUAAAUGUGGUGUUGUUUACCCACCUUGACACCUUGAAGACAACCCCUGAUGUUAUCUACUUAAAAUCAGUAUCUCAACUUACGUGUGAAAGAUGCCAAUACUUACUUUAGCUUUAAAUCUGAAAGUGGAGAGAGCUCCAGAUCUCAAGGGGGGAUCAACAAGACUCUACAUGAAAGCUUGAGAACACAUGAACCAUCAGGAAAUAUGAGUGUGAAUGAUGAACACACCAGACCCUUCGGGACCAGCAUUGAAGAUGGCUGUAAGGAAAUCAGUAACAACAACAGACAUGUUGAAGAUUCCCUGGAUGGUUAUGGCAAUGCUAAUGAAAUCCAAAGAGGAGAUGGAGGAACAAGUUGGGAGGUAACUGAAACCCUGUCCUCUGUGGUAUCUCACACUGAAGAACGGGUGAAGAUGAUUAUCCAGGGCACAGAUUCCCCAUGUGAUGACCCAGAGUUGGCUGAGUUUGAGAUGCUGGAAAGUCAGGAAAUAGAGGAUGAUGAAGAGAACAGUAUUCCUAAAGGUGACAUGAAAGGGGCUAUAUCCACCAAUAUGAUGCAGACUGAAGCAAAGUCUCCGAAGGAUAGCAAAAUGUUCUCCCAGUUUAUUUCAAAGGAGCAAGAGUCUACUGUUUGUCCUCAGUCCACUAACAAAGAAAUGCUGACCAGCAUAGCCAGGACUGAGUUUAGCUCUGAAAAUGAUGUUUUUGUCUCUUGCCUCUCCACAAUGUCUAAUCUUGGAGGAAGUCUUGCUAGUGCUCUGGACCACGCUGGUCGAACCCAAAGCUCUGAUUCGUGGCAUGCUCCCUCAGGGCCAUACCGAACUCUCUCUGAGGACCUUACCCUUGCCUCACAGUCCUGUUUAACUAUUUCGGAUAAAAGCCGGAGCUCUGUACAUAUUGAGGCCAUGCAUCAUCAGCCAGGAAAAAGUACAAAGCACAUCGGCAGUGUUGAUCUCAAUCUUAACUCUACCACAUUGCCUGAGGAACCCCUUUUAGAAGCACAAGAAAACCAACCAGCUACAGACUUUGGAACAUAUGAGAGCUCAGGUCAACUGACAAAUGGCAUGAGUGAAUGUAGCAUUGCAAGGAUCAAGAAGAUCCCCAAUGAAUCAGGAAUUACCAGUCAGGACAAUCUAGGAGAACCUGGAAUUCAUGUAAAGGAGUACCAUGGAACAGAAGACAAGGCUCCAAAUUUGAAAACAAUAUCAAAUGAGAAGAAACCUUGCCAACCGCUUGUCUCAGACAUCACACAGUCUGCUGCACAUAACAGAAGGUUCUCGCAUGACUCCACUGGUGAUAUAAAUAAUAAACUCAAAUCCCAGAAUGAUGAAUCUCCUAAAAUUGCUCUUAAAACCUCAAAACUAACCUCAUCGAAUAUACCUGUGCACUCUGGUGGUUCUGAACCCCAACCUUACAAGAAUCAAGCUUCUUUUGAAAAGACCCGACGUUCUAGUGCAUCGAGUUUGGAAAGGCGAAGACCUUGGGGCAGCCUGUCUCGCCCUGAGACCCCUCCAUCCCCUAAAACCACCUGUUCACCUCGGAAACAGCCACCUUCAUCACCAGCCAAGCCUAUUAGCACAAGAGAAGCAAGUCAGGAACGAAAUGAAACCUUAGAGAGGGGAACCACUGGUUUGAGGCAACCAAGUCAAAGUUUUCUCAGUAGUAAUAGCAGUCUCCCAAAACCUGCCAUUCCUCAGCAACCCACUAAAGCAGAGUGUGAAUCUAAGAAGUCUUCUCCACCUCAGAAGCCCAAAAAUGUUCGACCAAAAAUCAUAACAUAUGUCCGCAAAAGCCCUCAAGUGAAACCAAUGUCUGAAGGUCCCUAUGAAGUAUCGACGCUACCGCCAAGACUUACACCUUACAGUAGCUCACCAACCUCAAAAGAAUCCAAGGCCGAGAGGUUCAGAGGUUCACCCGUGCUGAGCUCCUCUAAUAUCCUUUAUGAAAAGUAUCGUCAAGAAGUACAGAGGUCAGGGUACUACUCCCCUCCAGGACUGAUAGAGUCUGGGAUCAGGCCACUGAGCCACACUGUCCCCCAUAAACUGGUGGGCAAAUCAGAGAGUUUCCACGGGGAACUGCCAGAUCAAUAUUUACAGGGUGGUAGAGUGGUUCAGCUAAAUACCCAUGAUGCUGCUGCUGCCGUUUUUCGCUUUCCCAGAGCCCUAAGGCCUCAGCUUGGCCUUGGAGCUGUUACCAGACAUCCUGCUACUAAGAACAGGACGGUGUUAGCAGGUCAAAGGUCAGCGUCACCCCUCAGUUAUACGGCUCCAGCUGUUCAGGCCCCAAGUAGUCACCAGGAACCUGCAGUGGAUCAGAAGAGACUAUCAUUGGGUGUGGCCCCCAAAUUUAUGUUCCCCAAACCGGGUCAUUCUGGACUGCGUCCUCCCGGCUUCUCCCAUCUGCCUCCUGCUCGACUGGCCACCUUUGGCUUUGUCCGCAGUGCUAGCGUGUCUUCUGUGUCCAGCAACCAAUCGAAUGACGGCAUACACAGUGACCCCUGCCAAUCCAGCCGUCCACACAGCAGCAGUGAUGAAACUCUCCUCUCCCGCUCUCCUCUCCCUCCUGCUGAGAGCAGCAGGAGUCAGAACCGCAGCAGCCCCCCGCCCCCAGCCCGCCCCCCUCGUGCCUCCCCCGUGGCCUCUAGAAAGGAGUUUCAAAGGGAUGGAGAAAUCACCCGACCCAUUGUGUCGUCCCCGAAGAGGUUUGCAGUGGUCUCUCCCAAGCCUCAGUCCCCUGUGGUCAGUGUUCAGCGGUGGGAGCGUCUGCAGGGUGAGAAGGCCCAACUGGAGCAGAGUUUUGAGCGGGAGCUGAAAGGACUACAAGAGGAGCAACAGCAGGAGCUCAAGGCCCUGCAGGAGAGACUGGUAGAGGAGGUCACCUCCGAGAUACAGCGACUCCGGCAACAGCAGAACAGCCACCUAGUGCAGCUGCGUUCCCAGCACCAGGAACAGGUGAGAUGA